AUGAUGUCGUCUGCCCUUUCCGCACAAUUCUCCACCCAGCCUACUCCCGACGAUAGCUUUGACGACGGUAGCGUGCCUAAGUUCACCGACCGCGAGGGCACCAUCGAGACCGAUGAUCGGCACAGCUCCGACGACACCUUUCAGUCGGACGUGAUUGAUCUGCUCUCGGACACCGAGACAUCCAUCGACGAUGACGACGAUGACGACGAAUUCACGAUCACAGAGGUCAAGCCCACCUUGCUCGCCUUGACCACCCUGCGGCCUCUCGGCAUCGACAUCAAGCCCAACCUGAAACUGCUACAAACUUCACAGUACGACGAGCAGAAACGGGAACUCGCUCAGCCCCCUCGCACCAACAUCCGCAAAGGCAGAACCCUGGUCCGCAUGACCGAAGCGCAGGAAACCGAGAUCGUCACUCUCUACGAUGCCGGUUGGAGCCAGAGUCGAAUUGCGGCGCGUCUGGGACGCCCUCCGCAGACGAUCCAGAGCUUCCUUCGUCGUCGCAGGCUCCGCCUCAGCGCUUUCGUAUCGACGCUCCAUGGUUCGGCUUCGGGCCAGCACGCCGGACAGGGUCGCUGGCCUCUGCACCAGCACCGGCAACAGCGACAGGGGAACGCUCCUCCUCAACACACUACGCCACUUACCAUGAUGGACGCGCCACAGUCUAUGUUGAAGGACGAUCCGGGUUACGAUGAUGUCAAGCCCAACAACCGCUCUCAAAAAGAAGAGCCAUUCUAG